AAGCGACACCUCUGGCAGGUACAAGCUCAAGUGCAGACUCUACAAUGUCCAAAAACGACUCGGCAACUAUUGUUGUCAUGGGCGCGACUGGCGCGGGCAAGUCAACGUUCAUCAACCUCGUCAGCAGCUCCAAGUUCAAGGUUGGCUAUGGCCUCGAGUCAUGCACCUCCGAAGUCGAGGUUGCCGCACCGUUCAUGUUGGACGGCAAGACGGUCACCCUCAUCGAUACCCCGGGGUUCGACGACACCAUCAAGACCGAGGCUGAGAUCCUCCGGCUCAUCGCUGACUUCCUGGCCGUGACAUACAAGCAAGGACGCACCCUCAACGGCGUCAUCUUCCUGCAGCGCGUCACCGACACCCGCAUGGGCGGCGUCGCCCGCAAGAACUUCCGUCUCUUCCGCAAGCUCUGCGGCGACGAGACGCUCAAGAACGUCGUCAUCGUCACGAACAUGUGGAGCAACGUCGAGCCCGGAGUCGGCGCCGAGCGCGAGCGCGAGAUGGCCGGCAGCGACCUCUUCUUCAAGCCCGCGCUCGACAAGGGCGCGCACAUGGUGCGGCACGACGACACGCUCGCGUCCGCGCACCGCAUCGUCCGCGAGAUCGUCGGCUUCCCGCCCGCGCCGCUGCAGAUCCAGCGCGAGACGGUCGACGAGCACAAGCCGCUCGCGGAGACGGGCGCGGGCCAGGACCUCACGGCCGAGCUCGAGCGGCAGGCCGGCCGGCACCACGCCGAGCUCGCGGACCUGCGCGGCACGAUGGCGGCGCUGCUCGCGGCCAAGGACGCGCGGCACCGCGCGGAGAUCGAGGAGGUGGGCGACGCGCUGCGCGACGUGCAGGGCCAGCUCGCGCGCGUGCAGGACGAGGCGCUCCGCCUGCGCGACGAACACGAGGCGGGCCGGCGCGCGCACGACGAGCAGAUGCGCGCGAUGGCCGAGGCGAUGGCCGCCCGCGAGGCCGAGCUGCGCGGCCUGCAGGAGCGCGCGCACGCGCAGAAGACGCAGCUCGCGCAGAUGGAGAGCGCCCUCCAGGACGCGGAGCGCCGCGUGAGCGAGGAGGCCGCCCUCCGCGACAGGGCGCACGCGGACCUCAAGGCCAAGGCCGAGGCCCACCUCGCCCAGCUCGAACGCGUGCGCCAGGAGGCCGCACAGAAACUCGAGGAGGCGCGGCGCGAGACCGAGCGCGAGGCCGAACAGGAGCGCACGCGCAAGGAGCUUGCGCAGAAGGCGGAGGACGCCAAACGCGAGGCUGAGCUCGAGCGUCUGCACAAGGAGGCUGCGGAGAAGGUGGAGGCCGCGAGGCGCGCGCCGAGCUCGAGCGCACACGCAACGAGGAGGCGCAGAAGGCGGAGACGGCGCGGCGUGCGGCGGAACUCGAGCGCAUGCGCGAGGAGCUCGAGCAGAAGGCGGAGGCGGCGAGGCGGUCGGCGGAGCUGGAGCAGCUGCGGAAGGAGCUCAGGCAGAAGGCGGAGGACGCGAAGCGCGAGGCGGAGCUGCGCGCCCUGCAGGACCACGCGGACCAGCAGAAGGCGCAGCUCGAGCAGAUGCAGAUCGCCCUGCAGGAGGCGGAACGCCGCGCGAAGGAAGCCGCCUUUGCCGCUGCCGCCGCUUCAAAGCCGCCGUCGCCGCCGCCGACGCCGCCGCCGCGCGCCGAGUCUCGUCCGUAUAUCCCCAAGGCUGCGAUGCGGCCCCGCGCAGCAGAAGCUCAGCCUCCGGUGUCGCCCCGGGUGCUUGCCCAAGAGCGGUGGCACAGGGCCGCCUACGCCGCGACGGCGCAGACCCAGGCACGAAGCAGCUUCUUCGGUGUGCUGAGCGUGAUGUGGGACCAGAUAUUCGGGCCGCGCUCACCAGGCGAGUGUUAGCAUGUCUUCCGUUCAGACGAGGAUGCAUGUCCCUGACAAGAUGCAAAGCGGGCGAAGUGUAGGAUUACCGUGAUCAUGUGCACGUCGAGGAUGUAUUGUUAUUC